AUGGUUCCUCAAUCGCUCCUUGCAGUCCUCUCGCUGCCUCUGUUGGCCACUGCUCACUUCCACAUGCUCUACCCAACACCGCGCAGCGAUGUCGAUGACACAGAGCCCACUUCCCCCUGUGGCGGCUUUCCAAUCUCGGCGAACCGCACUUCCGUCUCGAAUUCGGCUUUCCCUGUAGCUUUGGAAAUGGAGCACGAUCGAACUGUCGUCCAGAUGCUGCUCGCAUUGGGCAACCAGCCUGGCGACAGCUUCGACAUCACCCUCGAACAGACCUUCCAGCAGCAGGGCUUGGGCGAUUUCUGUCUGCCUACGGUCAAGAUCCCUGCCGGCUUGAACAUCACCGACGGCACCAAUGGUACUUUGCAGGUGAUCACAGAUAACGAGGCUGGUGGCGGCUUGUAUAUAUGUGCCGAUCUCACGUUCACAUCUGAUCCAACAAUUCAAUCCCUGCCAAGUGCUUGUAAGAACGGGACUGGCGUCACAGCCUUCCCACUGUCGGCGAUUGUCAAUGCCAAUGCAACCAAUGGAGAUGGGUCGCCCCAGGGCGGCUCCGGAUCUGGCCCAGCCUCAUCUUCAAGCACCUCAACGCCAAGUGCAACGGCGAGCGGUUCAUCGAGCUCUCAGACUAGCAACAGCGCGGUUGUACUUACUGCUGGCUGGGGCGCGUUGGGUGCUGCGGUCUUGGGGGUGGCCGCCAUGCUGUAA